GGGAAUACCGAUAAGUGAGGUUAAGUUUUUUUUUUGUUUUUCACCAUUCGCAGCAAUAUUUUUUUGCCAUUUCUGCAAUUUGUGGACAAUUUACGCUUUAAUUUAGCAAAAUUAGCAGGUGAACAUGUCACGGAUUUAUUCCGCGGAGGAAUUUGAGGAGGAGAUUAUGAGAAAUAAUCCCAAAUGCUACAUUCCUCUGUCUCAAUUAGCGGAUUUAGAGGAAAGUGCGCCAAAGGAGGUUGAGGAGGAGGAUGACGAAGGCGAUGGACUUGAGGAAUUGAGGGUAAAGGCGCUAUUUCAGAAGCUAAAUCCCCAUCCGGAAGUUCCGGGUCAGCUUACAAAGCCCGAGCCGCUGUUUUAUGACGCAGAAAUAAGGAAUCUCAUUGAGGAGACGCGACUCAUGGGAGCUCGUCGUGGUGAACAAAAUGUAGUUUACAAUGCCCCACCCCCGCCACCACCGGAAGAACCCACAAAGCCACUCCCGAAGAAAAAGCAAAAAUCCAAGGGAAAGAAGAAACCCCCAAGAGCCAAUGAAGUAAUUGAGAUUAAUUCCUCCCCCGAAGUUGAGAUUGUGGAGGAGACAAAGAAGUUUUCGAAACUUGUCAUUAAUCCUGCAGCCAUUAUGAAGACAUCUGUUCACCCACUGGGUCCAUCGGGUCCAUCUGGAAGUUCAAAGGUCAGAGGAAAAAGCUCAACACUUCCGGCGGAUAAAAGUAGUGCGAUUGUGAUUUCCUCAUCCAAUGAGGAGAUAAAUGUGAGUGAGCAAUCAAAGAAGAGUCGCAAACUUAAGAAGACCACAUUUUACUCCCCAAAAGAGCUCUACGAGAUGAAGAAGAAGCUCGAAAGUCAGGAGAACUGCAGUAAGUAAUGCAAAAAUAUUUAUUCCGGAUUGACGUAUCCCACCUGAGAAUCCCAGAAAGAUCCUUUUUUGUACGAGAGGAGGAAGAUUAUUUUUAUAAUGAAUCGAAAAGAAUGUGCCUUGACGAGUUCUUUUGAUUAUUUUCUGUAAACUUUUAUGAUUUUUCUUUAAUUUUUCAUUAAAUUGAAUUCCAAUAAGAAUAUAACUCGUUCAGAAAGCUCAAAAAAUGUUCCUAAAAUUUUUUUUAAUAAAAACGUGUUGUGAUUUAUAAGUAAAUUUUAAUGAAUGAAUUAUUGUAAAAACAAAAGAUCUCAAGGAAGGUCCAGAAGAUUGAUAAAAAUAUUUUUAAAUAAUGAGAUUGAAAAGAAAAAAAUGAGUUUAUUACAUCAAAAGACUUGAAAAAAUGAUCCUAAUUUUUUUCCUUGAAUACGUAAAAUAUUUUUGCAGUGAAUAUUUACUGUUCUAAAUAGUUUUUCUACUUAUUUUUUUUUUUCAAAACCACUUGUUCUCUAUUAUUAUUUUGAUGAAAUAAAAUAUUUGUAAAAAAAAACCUUUCUUUUAAUAUUUUUUUCCACCUUUAUUCGGAAAGGAAAUCUUAAAAGAAUUUUCAUAAUUCUUUAAAGAGAUGAAGAACUUUCUUAUUUUGUUAGAAGAACAAUAUUAUUAAAGUUUUCCUUUAAUAGGCUUCAAUGUGUCUUCACUCUUCAGCUAUGAGUUCUAAAAGUACUAAUUUCUUAGAUUUGUGAUAUUUUACAAUGUUAUUUUACGCAGAAUACUUAAAAUAAUCCUUAUAUAGCUCAUAGAAUCCAUAAGAACUAAAAAAAAUCUUAAAUUCAACAAAGAAAAAAACUUUUCUCUAAAAUUAUAUUGACUGACAAGCAAAUCAAUUGAGAAAAUUAAAUAUUUUCCUAGACAAUGUCUCAACAAUCAUCCAUUGCGCGUCCCACAAAAGCCAUGGCACAACAAUAACUGUUGCUGUUUAUCUUUUAUGGCUUUUUAGGAGGCAUUUGAGCAAAUUAGUAGCGCGGGAUGUAUAAAAAGAAAAUUGACGUGGCGCAUCUUCAGCACAACAAAUGAUUGUUGUGAACGCGCGCAUCUUCCGUUCACCAAAAGAGCAAUUUAUUUAUUAGAUAAUUGCAAAAAUCCCGAUAGCCAUCGAAUUACAAUUAAAGCUCGACACCUCUUCUCUGUAGCACCUUCAUUGCGCGACUCCCUUCUUCACGGCGAGAUCUCAAUUAAAAGUGAUGAUGAAUGCGCAAAGAUGCACGAAAGGUGUGCGCGUCAGCACAAAAAAAAAGAUCUCAAAGUAAAGAGUAUUGUUCCCAAAGAAGAAUGUGCAAACACGAUGGCCAGAAAUAUGAGGAGAACAAGAGUAUAAAAAGAAAUUAGAUCAACUGUAUGAGUCUUGAGAGAGAUUUUUAUUGUAUUCCGCUCAGAUUUUUUUAUGCAAUUUCUAAUUACAUGAAACCUCACACUAUGGGAUUAAUUAUUUUUACGCAAAUAUUUAUAAUUUAUGCUAAGUACGGAUGGGGAUUUCUUCUCUCUCAACUCGGGUGGCUUACGCAAUUGGAAUUCAAUCGGUUUUCCUGGCCCCAAUUUAAUUGCAUAUACUCCGCCAAUGUGCAGACAUUGUAAAGCUCGCGCGCAAAAAUUGUAGGUGGGCUUAGAGAAGAAUAAAUGAGUGCAUCGGUGUGUGGAGAUCAGGUGUGGAGAUGUUGAGGAAAUAGGAAGGGAAAAAAAGAGGUGUUGAAGUUUGAGCGAAGAUGCAAUAUUUAGCCGGGGUUAAGAUAGAAUAUCCAAGAGCUACCUGAACAGGUGGAAAAGAGGAAAAGACGUUCCCAUAGGGAGGAGUGUGAAAAUGCAGAGACUCUAAUUUUUCUUCAUCACUGCUUUUGUCUUAGACACUUUCCAAGACACAGAGAGAGAGAGAAAGAGAGAUGCGAUGCUGAAAAAAAAUUGUUGAGACUUUUGAGGUCAUUUGGUGAGAUUCUCAUAGAUUUCAACCACCAGCGAAGCGCGUUGUUGGCUCAAUAUUGGCCGUAAUCGUCAUCUUUUGGCGCAAUUUAAUGCUUCUCCUCGGCAUAUGUAUAUUUUUGCCAGAAGCGCGACCGCCAAAAACUUUCUCCGCGCUGACUUCUUCAGCUCCUCGCGUCUCUUUUUUUUGCUUGCCAAGACGAUGACUCUUUUUUUUCCACCAUAUAUACAACUUGUGUCGUCUCUCGAGGGAGAAACACAAGUUAUUUUCCUCGUUGUCUCUCCAGCAUCUUUUCUCUGUCAAUGCUAAGUGCGCACACUCAUUAAAUUCCAUUGUCCACGUGAAUCUUAAUUUUUUGGGGAGGAACCAUCGAGAUGCGGAUGUGAAUUUUUUUUUUCGGGCUCUCUUUGGAAAAAUCACAUCUGUGGUAAAGAUUUCAUCGUGUGCACGAUGAAUUUUCUAUUUAAUCACCAAACACUCGCAAGAGAUGCUAAUUGAAGACAAAACAAGAUUCAGUGGACUCAAUUUCUUUAUCUUCCCAUCUCAACAUAUAUGCUGGAUGAACCGCAUAUACAAGAGUUUGCCUUGUGCACCUCCCAAAAUGCGUAAGCUCCAAAAUGGUUUGAUUAAUGCCCGUGUCCAUCGCCCCAUGGGGACUUGUGGAAACAUAUAGAUGGUGCGGCAGAAAAAGAUCGUCUCGCUGUGAGGUUGUUGGCCUCUUUGUGCGACCGCAGUGGAUCAACAAUGCAACCCGAAGAAUCUCAAUGUGCUUAUCGAAUCAGUGCGUCUUACGUCGAAGCUUCUCACUGUAUUCUUCAUGGGAAAAACAGAAGAAAACACCCAGGGACUUAUCGUGACGACACGAAUUGAAUGGAGACGUUGUCAACCAAGAUACAAAACAGUUGGAGAUUGAAAGGGAAUUAUCACACUUUGGCGAAGAAUUUAUUAAGAAGGUGCAAUGGAAUUUUUAAGGGGAUUUAUAUACAACAUUAACUUCCAGCUCUCUGUUCAUCUCUUUACGUUUCUUAUGAAUAACUUAAGAAAUUUCUUGUGAAAAGAAGAAAUUUUUCAUGAAGAGUGUAAAAAUGCUGAAGAAAGUGAAGAAAGUGAUUUUGAGAAUCAAUCAAUUUAAUUGAUUUAAUUAAAAGAAGACAAGGAAAGUAAUAAAUUUCUUUAGAGUAUAUUAAGUGAAUCUUUUAAUCGAAAAUUUCAAUUAGGGAUAAUUUACGCGGAGCAAGUCAGAGUUUUGUAAAAGCUUUACAAGACGGGAGAAAAAUAGAACGACUGUUUGAUAUUUUUAUUUUACUAACAUUAGUGGUUCUUUGACAUUUAUUCUCUUACGGAAUGUUUGACGUUAAUUUUCAUCUUUCAGUAAUUAUUCUAACGUUUGUCGCCUUUUUUCAAAAUCUCUCAUAUAAUUUUUAGCAUGGAAAAAGUUUCUUUUAGCAUCUAAAGAAAAACCUGAACUGUGUAAGCUAAGCUGAGUAAAAACUCUACUAAGAUACCCAAAUACCCUUC